AAAGUUCUAGUAUAACAAAUUCACUUACAGAUCGCUGAAUUCUGUUUUAUAGAAUUUGGUCUACCUGACAAGAAUUGAUUUGAGCAACUCGAAAGAGCUUACGGAAAUGCCAAAUUUUGAAUGUUGCAAAAAUCUCAAGAGAUUAGAUCUUUCAGGAUGUACAAAACUACAGCAGAUCCACCCUUCAAUUGGAUUUCUUACAAGACUUGUUACUUGAAUUUGAGGGACUGUAGUAGUUUGGUUAGACUCAAAUUUGGUGAUAAUAAAUGCAAGUUAAGCUCUCUGAUAGUUCUACACCUCUCAGGCUGCACAAAAUUGGAAAGUACACCAGAUUUUUUGGGGCUCUUAAAUCUAGAAUAUCUUGAUCUUGAACAAUGUACAAGUUUGGUUCAUAUGCAUAACUCUAUUUGGGCCCUUGAAAAACUUAGAUCUUUGAGUUUGAGAGAUAAUAUAAAUCUUAAGGGGGGACCUAAUGGCAUCGCUUGUAUGACAUCUCUUCAUACUCUAGAUUUUCAAGGCUCCUCAAACCUUUCAGAACUUCGGCUUGUUAUUAGCAGACGUUACACAACUCUUGGCAAGUCUAUCCCUUCACAGGUUCUGGAAGCUUUAUCAUUUCUGGAUCUUGGCUUUUGCAAUCUAUCAAAGGUUCCUGAUGAUAUUGGGGAAUUAAAGGGGUUAGAAAGACUAAAUUUACAGGGAAACAGCUUCACUAGUUUACCUUAUACGAUUGGGAGGCUUUCCAGGCUAGCAUAUUUGAACUUAGAACAAUGCUUUAAUCUUCAUUCACUGCCUCAACUCCCAUUUUUCAAUGACCCGUUAGGAGGACGAUAUUUUAAAACAGUGUCCGGAUCAAGGAAUCAGGCUAACAAGAAAAUAAAGAUAAGAAAAUAAAAGAUAUGUAUUAAAAUUGUUGUUUACAUUAUAAAGAGUCAUGCUAU